UAAAAAUUCAACAAUAAAAUCAAAUCUAUUUCUGCGUUCAAAGACCAUUCAAGCAAAAUGAUAUUGAGGAGAUGCUAUUGAAGUAUACGUAAUUUCAAUGAAAGGUAUGUUUAUAAUUCAAUCAGACAAAUGAAAUAGCGUCUCCUAUUGAGACCCUUCACAACAAGGAGAAAACACGAUAGGAAUCGUCAAUACGGUAUUAUUACAAAAUCGAUUUGACGGAUAUUAAAGACGAGAAUUCAGCAUGACAAAGCCAGGACGCGGAGAUAUAAAACUCAACGAGAAGUUCCUUACUUGUGGGCUAUGUAACCAGUGGUUUACCCAGCCCAGGACUUUGCCUUGUUUACAUUCCUACUGCGAGAGCUGUCUUUCCAAAAACAUCCAUGACUACAUUGCCAGAGCAAGCGUCAAGAAAGGAGGACAAACCAUCCAUCCGACCGAGUACGUGUGUCCCACAUGCAGCAAGGCUAUCAACGUGUCCAAGUUCUCCUCACAGCCCGCCAAAAACUGGACGACAAAAUUCCCGCUGAAUACAUUUCUCUUGGAUCUUUUGGACAUUGAACUUCUGAGAAGAGGUGAGAAAACUUGCGGACCUUGCAUACGUAAUGGAGAAAGGUCCGAGGUUGUAUCCUGGUGUAAAGAAUGUCGGGACGGGCUCUGUAGGAACUGUUCUAAAGUCCAUCAUGGGAUGCGUGUCUCAAUGGAGCACACAGUCCUCAGUAAGGAGCAAUUCAUGAAGCAUAUUUCUUUGCUUCAAGAGCAACAGGAACCUUGCCAGAAGCAUCUUGGUAAGACCCUCGACAUGUACUGUAUGACGGACAAAGAGUUGUGUUGUCCAAACUGUGUAGCCGAAGAACACAGACGCUGUGACCGAGUAGUAUCCGUUAUGGACGCAGUAAAACAGAGUCGCCUGGAUAAAACACCGGAAUUCCUGAAGAAAAACCUGGAGGAAUACAAUGACCAUAUAGAAAAGAUCAUCGCAGCUCGAACCAACAAAUUGAUGAGUCUAGACGAGCAGAAAUCAAAGCUGGUUGAAGAGUUUGCCCAGAUUCGCAUCAAUGUCAUAAAUGUUCUAGACAAAAUGGAGAAAGCUAUCAAGAAAGAGUUGACCGAUAUGCACGUAGCAGAGACAAAGACAAUGGAGAAAGAGGUGAAGAGGUCCAGAAAGAUAAAGUCAGCGGUAACAAACGCAAAUGAACUGCUGAACGUCACAGAAAAUCAUGGAUCCGAUUCUAAUUUGAUGAAAACAAUUGAGGAGGUCAAGAGGGAAUGUCUCUGGUACGAGGAGGAGAUGGGAAAACUGAGAGGUAAAAUACAAGACUGCGAGUACGUUUUUGAAAUUGACGAACAUAUCGAAACAUUGCUGAACAAAGUUAAGAAGUACGGAGAGUUGAUUGUUCGUCACUCCCCAUCCAAGCUACAACCCUUUCCAAACACCGUGACAAUUGAAAAGUCUAUCGAACAAGGAAAGCAGUUCAAGUCCACCUUGUCUCUCAGAGGACGAAAGGCAGAUCUUGCAAAGUCGUUUGACGCCAAAAUGGAGGACGACAUCAAAGACUGCUGGUAUACAGGGGCCGCCUUUCUUAGUGACGGUAGAUUUGUACUGGUGGACCGUUCCAACCGGAAGCUAAAGCUCUUUAGCAAAAACUACCGGCUUCUGAGCAGUAUCUUUUUCACAACGAAGCCAUGGGACGUGACCGUUGUUGGCGAAAAUGAAAUUGCCGUGACUCUUCCUGAAGAGCAUGGGAUACAACUGUUGUCCAUUGGCGAUUCCAUCAAGAUGUCCGACUACUUUACAACCGAGGAGGCUUGUUUCGGAAUCAAGCAUGUUCGCGGGAAGUUCUUUGCUCUUUGUUACGACGGAAAGCCUCCAGCAUUAAAGGUUAUCUCCUCGGAUGGACGCGAGCUUGCAGCCAUUGCAGUUGAUGACGAUGGAAAUCCGUUGUUUUCGCGUCCGAUCUACGUAACGUCAAACAACGCUGGCACUUUGAUUUAUGUGUCCGAUGAGCGCCGAGGCUGCAUCACGUGCCUGACGGAAACAUCCGAGCACUGCUACACCUACUCCACAAUUGAUCUCAGUCACGUCGCAGGCAUCACUCUUGACCGUGAAGGUAACCUCUAUGUUUGCAGGAAUCACUCUAAAAGCGUACAAAUGGUAUCUCCCGAGGGAGAUAGAGUGAAAACCAUCAUAUCACGGGACGAGGUGUCUUAUCCCCGUGCCAUUACAUACGACGACAAAGAAGAUCGCCUUCUCAUUACUCAAGGAGACAAGAGCAUUGUGAAAAUAUAUCAGUUUGAGUAGCGUUCUGAACAAGUAGACUCUUGUCCAAAAGCAAGUAUUAGAACGCACUUUCGGAAUUAAUAACGACAUUUUAGUUUCAUUGUAUUUAUGAGAUGCUUUAGUAAAAUCUUUUUUUUAAAUGUCUUUUCCAAAUCUCGAUGGACACAAAACUGUAAAUACUAGUACACGCGUAGUUACUGAACAAAAAAAAUCAUCUUUAAUGUUUGCAAAAAUUAAAGACAUAAUCGAACAAUAGUUACAGAAUCCCGGGAAAAGCAACAGGACUGCGUUCAAGAUCGAAGCAGCUAGUCUAGAUAUCUAGGAUUUUUUAACGCACUGCAUGAAGUAACGUUUGUUAACUCUACUUUGUUCGUUCAACUUCGAAGUGCUGUCACCUUGGUGUAUUUCCGUUUGGAUGUUUAAAUACACAAACCAGUCAAUUCUUGCAAAAAUUAUUUCUUCAAUAUAUGAAAGUAAAAUAUAUAAACUGCUAUAAUUAAUAUCACUUUUUUUUCAUCUUUAUCAAACAUGGUGUCAUUUACAAUGCGGGAGUAAAGUAAACGUUUGGUAUCACUGUUCCAUUGCUUGACUUCCAAAUGGUCUUUGAUUGACAUAUGCUUCCCGUCUUUGAUUGACAAUUCCUUCCUCUGGUAGGCAUGCAUAAGUAACUGUGUUAACAGAUGCAUUUAAAAUCCAAAAUCGCAUCUACCCCAAACCAUCCAUGUACUUCAAGAUGAACACCAAUAUUCCAGCAAAAUUACUUAGAAUAGAAUGAAGUGAUGGCACUAGACAGCUACCAAGAAAAUUUAACUGAAAAACUGCCAAAUCUAAGUAAAACUCUAAUGAAUUAAGCAAUAUUCAACAGCUUGAUUUAAAAUCAUUUUAUAUAGUGACAAGACUGAUCAAAUUGCACAAACUUUUGAAGCUGCACAAAGACUUAGAGAAAUGCUACAAGCAGUUAGUUCAUAAAAUAAAUUUAAAAUUCAAUUUUCAAGAUCACUUGAUAUGAGUCAAAAUUUUAAUUUUGAUUCAUUUCCAAAUCUGCAGAGGCAUAAUAAAGCAUGUUUCUAUUGAACACCACAAAAGACUUGGUCUUCUGAGCAGACACACUUGUUUAUAUCUUGGGUUUGGUUCCCACGACUUCAUCAAUCCAUUUCAAGUAUGGUGGAUUCCCAUUGUCAAUCU